AUGAUCAGAGAGGAAAUAAAAGUUGACUGCCAAGAAUCUGAUGAAUCUGAUGAAGAAUCAUAUGUUGGAGAGCUCACCAUAAGUGAACUAGCUGCAAGUUUUACUGAGACAUGUCUAAUGAAUGAGAAUCUGUGUGCAAAAGUAAGAGAGUACAGAAGUAUCAAUAGAUUCCUGCUAGAAGAAAGAGUAAGCCUUAUGAUAGACAUUACUGAUCAGGAAAGAAAACUAGAUAAGUCAAAUGUGCGCAAUGAUUCUAAAAGUCUAUCUGAAAGUAAUGUCAUAGAGAAUGUUUUAACAACAUCUGAAGACAUUGUGAAGCUCCCUCGCUCUCCUAUUCUUCUACAAACGGCAAACAUCACUAUUGGUCCUUCUCGCUACUUAUUAAGGUUGAACUGCUCGGAUUCUUCUCACAAGUGUGACACAAGUUAUGUCUCAAAGAGUUUUAAAAUGUCUCAGCAAUCGUGUGAUGCAUCUCCCGUAUCUGACUCGGCAACACCGGAUGAGUCCUCUAACUCUAAUAGGAGUCUGGAGGUUGUACCUUUAAGGACGAUUAGUAGUGAUGAUGUAAAGGCCACAAAGCCUAAAAUAGCACAUGCAAAAUGGCCCAAGGAGGGUAUUCAUGACAAGGGCGCCAAACCUUCUGCAUCUAAUACCAUAGAGGAACUUACUAAAAAAGGAACCAGAUAUGUCGAUCAAGCAAUUACCAGAAUUAACACCAGUAAGGCUGAAGUUGCUCACACCUCUGGUUGUGACCCAACUGAAGAGGAGAUCAUUAAGAAUGGACAAGGAGGUGCUGAGAAUACCAAUGUUACUGAGGAUGUCAAUGACAUCGAAGAGAAUAAGCACACUAAGGUCAAUACUGAAACAGGUACCAAUGUGGUAGACUUAGAUGAGUAUUCUGACGACGAGUUGCUUGCCUCAUUAAAUCCUAGUGUAGCCAACAGGCUGAUGACUAGAAGAAAAGCCAAAGCUAUUUCCCAAAGUUCCCCUGAAAAGAAUGCAGAAGCUAAGAGCACUGUUAAAGACUCUGUCAAGAAGAAAAGUACUUCAGCUGGUCCUAUCAAGAGCAGAGCUGUGGCUAAGAGUGUAGGGGUUGGUCCCUCAAAGUCCUGGAGCAAGGUUGUUCCAAAGAAAAGAAAGGAGAGAGAAAUUGUUGAAUAUGAGUUUGAUGUUGAAGGGGAUGUCCCUAACAUUCCAUUAAGGAACAAGCCUACAACAAGCAAGCUUGCUGCAAGUAUUCCUGAAAUACCUAUUGAUAAUGUGUCAUUCCACUAUGCCUCUAGUGCCAGCAGGUGGAAACAUGUGCUCCAAAAGAGAUUGGCUGUUGAAAGGGAGUUGGCUCCAAAUGCUCUUGAGAACAAGGAAAUCUUAGAGCCAAUUCAGGAAGCUGGACUAUUAAAAACUAUGUGCAACCUUCCCAAAUGUUAUGAGAGGCUGGUAAAAGAAUUUAUGGUGAACCUAUCUGAAGAUUGUGGAAAUAGCAAGAGUGCGGACUUCAUAAAAGUGUUUGUGAGAGGUAAGUGUGUUUCGUUCUCUCCUUCUGUGAUUAAUAACUUCUUGGUAAGAACAAAUGAAGCUCAACCUGAGCUUGAAGUGACAGAUAACAAGGUUUGUCAAGGGAUCACAGCCAAGCAGGUAAAAAGCUGGCCCUUAAAAGAGAAACUAACUGCAAGUAAGCUGAGCAUCAAGUAUGCAAUGCUUCACAAGAUAGAAGCAGCUAAUUGGGUAUCAACAAAUCACAAGUCCACUAUUUCAACUGUUCUUGGCAGAUUUUUGUAUGAUGUAGGAACAAAGGCAAAGUUUGACUAUGGAACAUAUAUUUUUGACCAAACUAUGAAGCAUGCUAGAAGCUUCAGUGUUAAGGGUCCAAUUGCCUUUCCAUCCCUCCUGUGUGGCAUAAUUCUGACUCAGUAUCCCAACAUUCUCAAUGAACAUGAUGUAGUAUGCAAAAGAGAAAGCCCAUUGGCUUUCCACUAUAAAUUGUUUCAGGGUACGCAUGUUCGAGACAUUGUCAUGACAUCGGUUGAAACAUCCAAGUCUGGAGCAUCAGCCAGCAAAGCAAAAGUCAUAGCAAUGUUAAACGAGACCUGCAAAGAGCUGGAAGCUAGGAAGAUAUCCCUUGAAAAGAUGAUAAGCACUUUGGAAAUGGAUGAGAAUGAGAAAUUUGCAGAUGCUGUAGAGAUGGCAGAUGAAGAUGAAUAA